UACCAUGGUAACGGCGGCAGUGCAUUAUGGGUCUGACGUCACACCAAGUCCAUCAUGGCUGCCAGGGCGAUGUUGUUACGGAGGGCCGCCGUCUUCUCCCCGCCUGUUCAACACUUUCUCAAUGUCAGAUAUUUGUCAACGGGAUGCAUUGCUCAGAAAGACAACUGGCUGAACAAGCUGCUGGUGCGGAAAAUCGAGCCCACCAAAGAAUCUCACUCUCGCAUGUUGUCCGACAAAGAGGUUAUAUUUGAACUGCAAGCCCAUAACCUCAAACCUGGUACAGGGAAACCUUAUCUUGAGAAUUAUGAAGAGUAUGUGAAAGCUGUUGUAGACAAGUUUGCAGAUAAGCCCGUUCACCCAGAACUGCAAGGAUCGUGGACUGUUACUGUUGGAGAUCAAGACCAGUGCCUUCACUUAUGGAAGUAUGCUGGAGGAUAUAGUUCUAUAGACGCAGCUAACAAAUUAUUUGCGUCGGAUCCAGAUUUGUCCAGACUGAUUCAGGAUAGAAAUCAGUAUUUACGACAACGCUCAAAUCAGUACCUGCUACCCUUCAGUUUUUGGCCCCCAGUAUCACCACGUGAGGGUGGAAAUAUAUACGAGAUUCGCUCGUAUUUUCUCAAGCCCGGCACGAUGAUCGAAUGGGGCAAUAACUGGUCGAGAGCUAUUCACUUCCGACAAGCAAACAAUGAGGCCUUUGGAGGGUUCUUCUCGCAAGUUGGCCGCCUCUACAAUGUUCAUCACAUCUGGUGUUACAAAUCUUUGGCAGCAAGAAAGGAAGCUCGGGAAAGUGCGUGGCGUCAUCCAGGAUGGGACGAGGUCGUGGCAUACACAGUGCCUCUCAUUAGCGAGAUGCAUGCCAGGAUCCUUGUACCAAAUAGUAUUUCCCCCGCUCAGUAAUAAUCAAAUGGCCUCUGGUUUAAGUACUCCCAAAGGGAUGUUGAUAUCUGGCAUUGUGUGUAUAUAUAUACAGUAUAUCUAAUGUGAAACAGAAGAAUUACAUGAAUGAUUUGUAUGUUCAUCAAAAAAGUAAAUACAGUAGAGUAUCAAUUACCAAUGUAUAAAUGGCACAAUGUACAAAUCUCUUGAUACCUCCUCUAGAAAUAACCCUUUCAUUUUUUGUGCAGUUGCAUAUACCUGUAUACAUAUAUAGUUAUUGGGUUGGUAACUUCAACUUUGUAAUAGACGUGUUUCGAACAUUUCCUGGAAAUACAAAAAAUCCCUUAUAUUGAGUGUUAACAACGUUUUAAUGGAGGUUACGCAUGAUGGGGCACGCGUUAUAUUUGCCAACCUUUCUUUUUUUGUUUUCUCUGUUGUGAUUAAAGGCUAUAGUUUAUAAUUUACACUGUUGGGUAAAUCUCUUACUUGGGUAAAUCUCUCUCACUCCUUUUCCCUGCUACAGCACUUCACUUAUCUACCUAAAUUUAAGAAAUUUGUGUAACGGUUCCUAUACCUGUGACCACGACUUGUGCUUUGCAAAUUUCUGUUGAGUCACAUGUACAGUCACAGAUCUGUUUUAUUUGAUAUAUUUUGAGGGAACUAUUGUUGUUACCUUUAAUAACACACAAAGUACAAAGCAGCCUCAUAACCGAGAGAAUCCACUGGAGCCGUGAUGAGGCAUCUCAUCGAUACAUUACAAUGAUGUGUUUUCUCUGUCUACUGCAUUUGUUAUACUGAAUUAUAAGUGGUUUCUUCGUUCAGAGUUUACAGAGAAUAUUGAUUAUUAUUUAGAAAUAAUAUAUAUAAUGGUAACAUUAAAUUUGAAUGUGACAUUACUGAUCUUUCAGCAGUGUAAGUGGUAAACAGAUGAACCAAGUCAUUAAGUCGGUCAAAGUUUUCAAGCAUUCAUGUUAUCAGCUGUAGACUAAGUUGUUGUUUUUUAGCUGUUUUUUGAAUAAUUUGGUUUGUAAAUGUUAAUUUUUUUCAAUUUUGUUUUGAAUUAUUUAAUGUGAUAAAAUUACUUAAUGCAAGAUGUUAGUGUUCAAAAACAUUUCCUUGUAUUAGUUUUACAUAAAUGGUAAUAACAUAAGUUUGUAUAUCCGAGUUUUAUCUGACAGUGUUCUUAAGCCUCAUAAUUUGUUCUGUUAUCCAGAGAAUUGGUGCUUGGAACAUACAUCCUGGAAAUUUGCCGAGACUUGAACAGUACCAGCAAAUACCCUGAUUGAAACAAUGUGAUAAGUGAUUGUACAUUUCUGUGUAUCUAGAAUACAAACUUCAAUCUUUUCCA